GAGUGGAAACAAAGCUCGAUGACUAGCUAGCUUCCACAGACGCUCGGUUGAACUAGCUUGCUUGUUCUAUAUAGACUUUGCAUGUUAUUUAAACAGAUUCAAUUAAUGUUACACGUUUGACAACAAGCGAGUUAAAUUUGUCUCCUGGUAAACAAACAUGUCAUUUGUUAGCAGAGUUGUGAAUAAUGACAUGUGGCACAACGUUAAUUUAAAGCGACAGUAUCACUAAACGUGGAGACAGAGAGCUGUUUGAAAACAAGUAUUUUUUUUAUUUUAUUUUUUGUUUUUAAUGUAGAACAGUAUUGAAGAUCUUUCGCCUUCAUCAGCAUGUCUUACUUGGAGUGGGCAGAGUCUCAGCUUGCAGAAAUGGAGCUGCUGUCCAGCAUGUUUCCCACCCAGGAGGAGCUGGAGAUGACAGACCAGCUGGCACUAGCUGAGCUCAGGGAGUAUGUGGAGGGCUCAGACUCAGCAGACAGCCCUCCAGCCUCCAGACCUCAGUUUCUCAUCAAACAGAAGCUGGACACUGCAAGCAUAGACAUGACAGAUGUCAUUCUAUCCUGUGCCUAUCCAUCUGAAUAUCCCAGUGUGUUACCAGAAGUGACAGUCCGGUGUGCUGGUCUCAGCAGGGCCCAGCAGACACAGCUCCACUCAGAUCUCAAUGCAUACCUCGCGGAAAACUGCCAGGGGGAAGUGUGUGUGCUCUCUGCUGUGGACUGGGUGAAAGACAACCUGCAGCUCUUCAUUAAUAAGAGCUUAUCAGCAACACCGACUCCUAAGAAAGAGUCUGCUACUCCACGGACACAGGAAGUGUUCAGCCGACUGUGGAUUUACAGUCACCACAUCUACAACAAGGUGAAAAGGAAAAACAUCUUGGAGUGGUCCAAGGAGCUGGGCCUGUCAGGAUUCAGCAUGCCUGGGAAGCCUGGUAUUGUGUGCGUGGAAGGUCCUCAGUCCGCCUGCGAAGAGUUCUGGUCCAGAGUGAAGGUUCUGACAUGGAAGAAGAUCAUGAUUCGCCAUAGAGAGGAUAUUCCCCUUGAUCAUCAGGGCGAGGACAGCGGGACCGCUGAAAGUAUCGACUCCCUGCGCAAAUUCACAGGCUUUGAAGAGGCUAUGUUUGACCCCCAUGGGAACAGAGGUAAUCACAUGGACCUUGGGCAGCUCUACCAGUUUUUAAAUGAGAAAGGCUGUUGUGACAUCUUUCAGAUAUAUUUUGGCAUUGAAGGGAGGUAGUGGUCAGACCUCGAGAAUAAAUAUACAUGGCUGCUUGACUAGUGACUUGUCAUUGACAUCACUUCUCCUGAAAAUAAGUGCCAACUUAGAAAUGGAAAUACAUUCAGUGGUGUGAAAGCUUUUCUUUGUCAUACAACCAAACACAUAAAUGGACUGAGCAUAUCGUCUCAUGCUGAUAAACUGAUAAAUGAACCACUUUUUAUGGAUUUUUCGCAGCUGUCACACUCGAGACCUCAUUGGAAUAAAAGGCAGAAAAAAAACAUUUGUGCACUAUGUGAAACAGAGUUAUCACUCUUUUAGCUAAUGGGCAUAUUUUUCCAAAAGGAGUAUCAAAACUGUGUUUUUCUGAGAGUUUUCUCAAGGACCCCAGUUGUAUUUGCAAGUUUAAUAAUCCUGCAUGUGCCACAGAUCACACCUUGCCCUAGGUGUUUCUUUCCUCAAAUGGCACCACUGUGUAUUACAGCCAGGCUAUUAUAGGAUUUUCAAGUCUGAUACCACAUUAAUAAUUGGACAACAUAGUCAACAAUAUGCUAGAUAUCUGUUUAUGAAAUCUGUUGAUUUUCCUCUUAUGAAUUAUAGAUAACACAACCGCAGAAAGUCUCUCGACAAUUUUAUUUGAAUGAUUAGCGCUUAGAUAAAUUGUGCAUAAUUGUGGAUCACACUCUUGCAAUUAAAACAUACUCCUAUUGAACAUGAAUCGCAUUUUUAGAAACUCCCAAGACUGAUAUGGAAAUCAAAAGAAAAAACAUUUGUAUAGAUUUUUAUAUGGAUUUUGUUCCUUUGGGGUUCAGUGUCAAGGCGAUCACAACAAAUGUAUUUUUUUUCAUAAAUAUUUUAUAAAUGAUUACAUUAGCACAGUGCACUCCAUAUGUACACUUUAUCUAUGGAAGUCUGUAAUCAGUUCAUACCAUUACACAAUGUACUGUAUGUAUUCUAAUGCUGUAGAAAUGCCACUGGAGUUUAUCUCCUUUUUAAGGAGUUUGAACCCUGAGUGAGCAUUUCAGUGUUCAGGCUUUGUUAAACAUUAACUGAUGGAACAAAUGAAAAUCAACAUAUUGUACCUAAUGAACUCCAAAUCAAUAUAUAGAGUUAUUUGAUGAAGAGAAAUUGCAAGUACACACAACCUUAAGAACAAGCCAAAGCCAAUUGUUCAGUGGUUACAGGCACCAGAGUGAAGUUACUUGCAAACUUGCUCUGUCUACAUUGCCCAGCAGAUGGCAGCAUUAUAUAAUCGACAUUCAAAAAGACAGCAUGGCAUCCUUAAAUGUAACCUGUUAUUUCUGGAUGUUAAAAUAUUUAGACCUAAUAGAAUACAUAACCUGGAUCCCAGAAGAGCUGCCUAAGAAAAUAAUGAAGCAAUUGUAUAAUAAUGAUUUGGCCCAGAACAAUUUAAACUGCUAUUUGGAUCAAAUAUGAAUAAUGUGCUUUGUCGAAAAAUAUGUAACUUUCAUGAAUCAACCAUGCAGAUCAAAGUAUUAUAAUAAGUUUAUGAGGUUAAAAGGUUUUUACUGUGGCCUUGUGCAUUCCCCAAAAGCAAGACACAAGCCGUGUUGUGGACUCUCUUUGUAAAAGCUGGAAAAUAAACCACAGUCUUGUCUAA